GGCGAAUGGCGCUUCGGACACUCGGGCCAUGGCGGCGUAAAAUGUAAAAGUGGACGUCAGCCACAAAUUAGCUUCGCUUUCGCCUGCAAUGGGCUUCAUAUAGCAGACGCAGAUCUCGUCCCAACAUUUGCGCGACUCCAGGAAAAGCUCUACGAUUGCAUCGAGGAGAUUGAAACAUUUGCAUGGCGAAUCUCCGGUCCUGAUAGAAAUAUCAAAACCAAGGGAAUAAAUACAGUCCUCGAAGGCAAGCCCAAAACCAAGCAACUCUGGGCACUGCACACUCACGGAUUCGAUCCCCCGGGCGCCGCCUUUCCAUUGCGUAAUCAGCUCGACCACGAAUUCGACGGCUCGUUCGGCCCUCUCCUCUGGGAUGAGAGGCAUUCCGGAAGUCGCACAUCCGGGGCGGAAACCAAAUCCGCCACGUUUCCGUUGGACGAACCCCACCACCCUGGGCAAGGGCUGAAGCGGCGGAUGCCGACGGCUACUUACUCCUCCGGCUGGUAUGUAUUCCUUGACGACGCUGAGGGGGUCAGUUUGAUCACCGGCGAGCCCAUCUCCCGA